AGAAGCCCCGCGGGUUUCCGGUCCUCUCUCUGUCCGAGGAAGUGGUCUCUCGUGGUGGUGACCGCCGUCGCGAUGCUCCUCCUGUCUCUGGCCGUCGCCGUCCCGAUGCUGCUGCUGCGCACCCCGGAGACCUCCGCGCACUACUACGAGAUGAUGGGCACCUGUCGGAUGGUCUGCGACCCGUACACCCCAAAACCGGGAGGCGCCACCGCCAUGGAGGUGAUCCAAAACGUGAACGGCGUCGCUCCGCAGCCGCAAGGGAGCCGAGGGGAGCCGGGGCGACCGGGUAAGCCCGGGUCGAGGGGCCCUCCGGGAGAGCAGGGACCCCCGGGUCCGAGAGGGCCACCGGGGGAGCGCGGCGACGGCAGACUCGCCUUCCCCGCGGUGUCCGGACCCGUCGGGUCUGAGAACGGCGAGGUGGAGGGCGCCAACUCCACCAGCAACAGUUUCAAGAUCGCGUUUUACGUCGGGCUGAAGAACCCGCACGAGGGGUACGAGGUGCUGAAGUUUGACGACGUGAUAACGAACUUGGGGAACCACUACGACGCGAGCACCGGGAAGUUCACCUGCCAUGUGUCCGGGAUCUAUUUCUUCACCUACCAUGUGUUGAUGCGCGGAGGGGACGGGACCAGCAUGUGGGCCGACCUGUGCAAAAACGGACAGGUACGGGCCAGUGCCAUCGCCCAAGACGCAGACCAGAACUACGACUACGCCAGCAACAGCGCAGUGCUGCACUUGGACUCUGGGGACGAGAUCUACGUCAAACUGGACGGCGGCAAGGCGCACGGAGGCAACAACAACAAGUACAGCACCUUCUCCGGAUUCAUCCUGUACCCCGACUAGACAGAACCGCCGCCGCAGCUUUACCUGGACAGUACAUAGAACCGAGAACUGUUCCCAUCAAAAAAGUACAAUGGUCCAAUAUGUUUCUCCUCGUUUGAAGACAUCUCCCGCAAACACAAAGGCUUAUUAUCUGCAACUGUAUGUUCUGUUCAUUGAGUGAGAGCCCCUUUGUAUGUGUGAUUGAUUUGACUUGAGUUCAACUGCUCUACUGUCACCAGAGUGUGUAUCUUACUACCGCAGACCUACAGUUACACCCCCGAACAUGCUCUGAGCUGGGGAGACAUCAUUCUUAAGUUCCUUUGACACAUUUCUAAAAUACUUUAGGGGGAAAAGAGCGUAGCCCCAGUGGCAGCUGCUCACUGUGUGUAUUAAUGGCAUCUCGUAUUUCAGUCUCGAAUGACAACAGACAGAAAGGAAAAAAGAAAUCAAGAAAUCGGGAGAUGCAAUCAACGUCAGAUCAUCUGUUUUGAGAGUCCACCUCAGCCACCAGUGUUCGGACUAAAGUCCCGGUCACACCAGCUUUCAACAUGACGACAUUUCAGGGCACCUUAUUAGCAAAUUCUUCAACUUUAGUCAACUUUGACACCGAGAUUUGCACCACAGACCAACGUUAAACAGAGAGCCGAAGAGUCCAAAGUGGAGGAAGCGUAGUAGUGUCCACUAUUAUUUGACCUCCCUUUGUUGUAGUGUUAACAGUGUCACAAAAGAGAUGUAGUUUGCAUAAAACGACGGGGCAGGACUCAUUUAAAUAAACAGUUAACUCGUCGCCCAUGUUAGUGCCUAAGCUAACAAGCUUGUAACUGACAGUCGGUGAACUUGCUAACUUGUAGCCAAAGCUAUCAAAUGAAGGCUGGGACUUUGUCUUUGACCCCAAGGGAGCUAUGGGGUAUGACACAAGCUCGGAAAGCUACUGUGGCUAACUAGUGCUAGCAUGUUCCAUGCCGGCCAGCAUAUUAGCAGUUAGCUUGCCAGCUACGUUUUCACCACGUCGUGAAGAUUCUACAACCAAAUAUUUUGCGAAGCCGUGCAAUUGUGCUAGUUUCUGGUGCGACCGGGCUUUCACGUGGUAACUAAAAUACUAACACAUGAAUUACCGUCAUUCUCCCGUGUUAUUUAUUUAUUUAUUUAUUUAUUAUCUGCCCGAAAAUAAGCGCAUCAUCAGCAUACAUGGCGCAAUGGGAGCCACAACUUAGACAGGAACUCUGUACAACUGGAUAAGCUGGACAUGUUUUAAAGAGAAACUAACAGCUGAAAUGGUCUGAUGAGGUCAGGGGAACAUAUUCUAAACGCAUUGGACAAGACGCAAUAAUAUCGCCACGGCAAGCCAAAAAUCUUGGUGCUUUGAGUUAUGUUCUGUGUUUCACUAAAUUACCCAGUAAUCCCGCACAAAAGAUACAAAUGGAUGUCUUGCAUCAAUAUGGAAUCGGUUACAUUUUGU